AUGAUAAUAAUACCGCCGGGAAACGAAGUAUUCAAAGUUGAAGUUUACCCGCGAAAUGAAUUUCGUUUAGAAGCAGUGGAUAAUAGUUUAAGCGAUAUAAAUUAUUUUAAAUAUGAAAUUUUAGAUGAUAAAAAUGUUGCCAUAAAAUUAGCACAUUCAUUGGAAGAACUUGUUGAUCGGAAAGAUCCACAAAGUGUAUUAAAAUUUAAACUUACCUGUAAAGGUGCCAGUGGAACGGUAUGUACAAUAUUUUUUUGCUUGUAUGUACAGGAUGUUAAUGAUCAUACGCCUGAAUUUCAAAAUGUUCCCUAUUCAUUGGAUGUUGAUGAGUUGACACCUGUUGGCCUAACUGUUUUUCGUGGUAUACAUGCUAUUGAUCGUGAUAAACCAAAUACAGCCAAUUCAGAUAUAACAUAUUCGAUUGUUGGUGGCAAUGAAAAUAAUUCCUUUAUAUUAUCCGAUCCAAUUGAAGGAACAUUGGUCAUUAAUAAAGCAUUGGAUUAUGAUAAUGGUAUUCGGGAAUUCAAGAUACAGAUUCAGGCAUCGGUAUGUAGAUCAUGGAACACCUGA